AUGGAGGCCAGCACCGUUUGCCCACAAUCGCGUCGCCUCUUUGUUACGGACCAAUCAACAAAAACACAAUUUUUAAUUGACACAGGAGCAGAUCUCUGUGUUUUUCCUCGCACUAUGGUCCCCGGUCGAAGAGAGAAGACGAAUUAUGAAUUAUAUGCUGCGAAUGGUACCCUGAUUGCCACAUACGGUUUUGAAACGAUUAAUCUCAACAUAGGGUUGCGGAGAAAUUUUUCGUGGCGUUUUGUUAUCGCCGAAGUUAGCAAACCAAUUAUCGGGGUAGAUUUUCUCGGUCACUACUCGUUAUUAGUCGAUAUACAAAAUCAACGUUUAAUUGAUAAUAACACAACCGUUUCCGUAGUCGGUCACGUAGUAGAUUGUAGCAGUCAAUGGCUAGAUAUACGAUCAAUCGCCGGUUCUUCACAAUGGCACAAAUUAUUAGAAAAAUAUUUAGACGUCACAAGACCCUCUGGCAUCGAAGGAAACGUGAAGCAUACUACAAAACAUCACAUUCACACUACACCAGGACCUCCAAUUGUCGAACGUCCCCGACGACUCGCACCGGAUAAGUUAAAACUGGCCAAGGAAGAUUUCAGCCAGAUGAUAACCUUAAAAAUUUUACGACCGUCAAAAGGACGUUGGGCUUCGCCACUACAUUUGGUUCCGAAGAAAAAUGGUUAA